CACUACAACUAACUUUCAUGUAAUGUGCGUGCAAUCAUCUUGUUUCUCCCUCAAAUCCUCCCCAUGUGGUUGCAAAACACUCUUUCCACUCACUACCUGCUGUCCAAACUCACUUUCACCUGUCUUUUUCACUUGGGUUGUUUUAGAUUUUCACUAUGCAGCCUUCUACUGUAAGUCAAGAACCCAACUUUGCCUUGAGUUUGAUCUAUAAACUAGCUGAUUUUGCUGUUAAUUCCAAGUUUACUUGUCUGAAUUCAAAUGGGUGUUCACCAGUUUUGUCUAAUUUUGCUUGUGUUGAUGGGAAAAGGGUGGGAGUUAAGUCCUUAUUGAGGGUUAGUGAUAAGGGUGUUUCGAAUUUUCGAGAUUUUUUGAGUCAGUUUAAUAGGGUUGUUAGGUUUCAUUGUGAGAGGAUUCCAAUUGGGUUUGCUUCAGUUGGGUUGAGUAGUUGUGAGGAUAGUAAUGGGUUUGGGGGGAAUGGGUUUGGUGGUGUUGAGGAUGAGGGGGUGCCUUUGGAUGGCGUUGUGUCGAAAAAUAGGAAGAAAGUUCUGAUUUUGAUGAGUGAUACUGGUGGGGGUCAUCGGGCUUCUGCGGAAGCGAUUAAGGCUGCAUUUUAUGAAGAAUUCGGGGAUGAGUAUCAGGUGUUUGUGACUGAUUUGUGGACCGAUCAUACUCCUUGGCCCUUCAAUCAAUUGCCACGGAGCUAUAAUUUCUUGGUAAAACAUGGGUCUUUAUGGAGAGUGACGUACUAUGCUUCAGCUCCUAAGGUGAUCCAUCAAUCCAAUUUUGCAGCAACAUCAGCAUUUAUCGCCCGAGAGGUUGCCAGAGGUUUGAUGAAAUACCAGCCUGAUAUAAUAAUUAGCGUACAUCCCUUAAUGCAGCAUGUUCCACUUCGUAUCUUGAGGUCAAGGGGUCUCCUUGAUAAGAUAGUGUUUACUACUGUGAUAACGGAUUUAAGCACCUGCCAUCCUACAUGGUUCCAUAAGCUAGUAACGAGAUGCUAUUGUCCAACUGAUGAGGUGGUGAAAAGGGCACUAAAGGCUGGUCUUCAAUCUUCUCAGAUUAAAGUUUAUGGCCUUCCUGUUAGACCUUCAUUUGUUAAGCCUGUUCGCCCAAAGGUAGAACUAAGAAAAGACCUCGGAAUGGAUGAGGAUCUACCUGCUGUGUUGCUAAUGGGUGGUGGGGAAGGGAUGGGUCCCAUCGAGGCCACUGCAAAGGCACUUGGUAAUGCAUUGUAUGAUGAAAAUCGUGGAGGUCCUGUAGGUCAGGUCCUUGUGAUAUGCGGUCGCAACAAAAAGCUAGCUAGCAGAUUGCAGUCAAUUGAUUGGAAGAUUCCGGUUCAGGUUAAGGGAUUUGUCACUAAAAUGGAGGAGUGCAUGGAGGCUUGUGAUUGUAUAAUUACUAAGGCUGGUCCGGGGACUAUCGCUGAAGCUAUGAUUAGAGGUCUCCCCAUUAUUUUAAACGGUUACAUUGCCGGACAGGAAGUUGGCAACGUACCAUACGUGGUGGAGAAUGGAUGUGGGAAAUUUUCAAAAUCCCCAAAACAGAUAGCUUCUAUUGUCUCCCAGUGGUUUGGUCCAAAAGCAGAUGAGCUUCAUGCUAUGUCGCAAAACGCAUUGAGACUAGCACGGCCGGAUGCAGUAUUUAAAAUUGUGCACGACAUGGACGAGCUAGUGAGACAGAAAAGACCUGUGCCUCAGUACUCGUUAACCUAGAACCAUUUUUCUUUAUUUCCGACUUCAACUGAUGUUAAUAAUCCAUUGCCAGAGAAAUGUUUUUCGCCAAUUGCAACAUGUUUAAUGUUGAUCAUCGUAAACAAAGAAUAGAGACUAGUUUUGAUGAGUAUUUCCCAAAGCUGUAAUUCUCAUGUGGGAAAGAACUAUAGAGAUAGUACACGAGUCAAAUUGUACUGAUAACACAACUCUCUAUUCAGUUUAGCAGUAAAAAAUUAGUAAGAUAGAAUUUGUUCUAUCUUUAUACUCGUUUUAAUUAAA